UGCAUCGGGAUCAGAGGACGCAAAUCAAGUGAAACAAAUCUCCUGACAGGAGAAAAGUUCAUGCUGGAGUUUUUAAAGACCUCAGAGGGCCUCAUGAAGUCCAAGCUGAACAUGGAGAGCUUGACCAAGCCAGAGUUGCUGAUGCUUUUCAGCAUCCUGGAGGGAGAGCUGGAGGCCCGCGACCUGGUCAUUGAUGCCCUCAAGGGCCAGGGUAAAGAGCUGUUCAUCCAGGAGCGCUAUGGCAAGUACAACCUGAGCGACCCCUUCCAGGCCCUGCAGAGGGACAGUGAGGCUGCCGGGGACCAACUCAAAGAGCCAGGCUGUCCCUCCGCUACCUCCAACCCUCUGGUGGUUCUCAAGCUGGUGGUGGGCCACUGCAGGAGGAUGCAGGAGAAGAUGCUGGCCCAGCUGGCUGCAGCAGAGAGCAGGCACAGAAGGGUCAUUGCAGACCUGGAGGAGGAGAAGAGGAGGCAUGCUGAGGACACAGCCGAGGGAGAUGAUGUCACCUACAUCCUGGAGAAGGAGAGGGAGCGCCUACAACAACAGCUGGAGUUUGAGCGGAGCCAAGUCCGGAGGUUAGAGAAGGAGCAGCGUCGGAUGACUGAGCAGAUCGAAGCAGAACGGGCUCAACACAAACAGCUCUCCUGCGCUCUGGCCAAAGAGUGCAAGUGGGCAAGUUCCCGGGCUCUGGAGGAGGGACACCGGCUGAGCGAGGUGAACCGCAAGCUCGACAAGGAGAAGGAGUCUUGUCAGGCCCUGAGAAACGAGCUGGAGGAUGAGAGGUGGCGAGCUCUGAGGAUGGAGGCGAGGGUGGAGGAGCAGCUGGCCGAGUUCGACACAGAGCGAGAGCAGCUCCGCUCACGUCUGAAGAAGGAGGAAGCUCACUGCUGUCAGCUGCAACAACAGGUACAGGAGCUGAAGAGGAAGCUGGAGGAGAGAGGUGUUGCUGAGGAAGUAGGAGCUCCAGUACAGGCAGAAAGGAAGGAGUGGGCCUCAAGAACCCCUGCUAGACAGAUAGCAGUGGACAUGGUUACAUUCGAGGACCUUGAAGAAGACACACAGCAACACGAGCAGCCAAACGUUCCCGACUGUACUGAGCAGACCGACGGGCACCCCGACCCAGACAGCGCCCUUUCAGACGACAUCUGUCUACACAACGGAGAUGAAGAUUCUCCAGUUCAUCAGAGCCAGGCUUCCUCCUCCAAUCUCCCUCCCUCCUCCCCCUGCUCCUCACCCGUCCUUGCCAAGCGCCCCCCAGGCAGCCCGAGCCCUGGCAGCUACCAGUCUCCCUACCAGGCUGGGAUCAACCAGCGCUUCCACGCUGCUCGACAUAAGUUCCAAGGAACCAUAGACCCAGAGCCUCAGACCCAGGCCGCACAACCGGCCCUUCCCCCCUCGCCAAAGGACGCUCCCCCAGUUACAAGCAGUCCCCCCCUAGAAGCCAGUCCGGUGAAGCAGAUGGCUCGGAGCACCGUCACACAGGUCCUGUCUCGCUUCACCACCGGACAGCAGAACGCCGCACCUAAGGGCGCAUCGCCCAACAACUCACCCUUUGGGACGGACUACCGGAGCCUGGCUGCGCCCCUGUCUCCGGUCGUCGCGAGGGCCGCGGGGGCCCUGCAGCAGGGGAUCAGAUCACCCACCAUCCCCAGGGCCGACAGGGGCAACCCUCCACCCAUCCCCCCCAAGAAGCCCAGUCUGGCUCAGGCCCCCCCCUCCCCGGCCUCAGUGCCCCGGUCUGCCGGACACUUCCCUGACUCCGCCCUCUCAGGCAGCUGCGGCCUCACUUCCAGCCAGGAGGGAGUCAAAGAACUGGACAUGGUGGUGUCUUCCAACUAACGGAUCAUUUGAUUCGUCAGUAAACUAGUCCGCUGCUGCUUUGCUCGUGACAUGAUGGUUUAAUCCACAUCUCAUCAUUAUGAAAGUUGAUAUAUUAUUUUGUACAUGACAGGAUUUACAUCCUAUGCUUAUUGAACAGAGGUCCCUUCAAACACUGUUGUCUUUGUAUUUAUUAGAUUCUUUAUGCACUCUACUUUAGGUAGUGGUUAAGGGGUAGUACUAAUGAAGAGUUACAACUCCUAGUUUUAGUUUAAAUUGUGCCAAUACUUUGUCGGGCCCACCGUACUAUGAAAGUAUUUUAUAUUAGUAUGUGUCAUAUUUCCAAAGAAUGCUAAUCAGUGUACCAUCUAAAGAGGCAUUACUUUCCAUAGUAUGUUGCUUGUUCAUACAACAAAUACUCUAAUCUUCAGACCAAAUGUAAGAAGUAGUCCUUGGACCAAUUUUAUUACAAUAUAUGCCUAUUUUCUGUGUGCACUCUUUUGUACUUAGCUGCCGUUUUUAUAAAAUGUAUUUUAUAAAUGUUCCUUAGUUAUUACUGUAUGAUGUGUUAGCACAAAAGAUAAUCUAUUCAGUGUCAUACCGAGCUUAAUUCAUGUAUUACUUUAUGUUUCAGUUAUCUCAGAUUAUAAACAGACACCAGAGAACAAUGAGAUAAGUGUUGCUGAUAUAUGUCGUGUUUUUGUCAUUUAUAAGAAAUCAUGAUAAAGGUUUUAGCAGUCAA